GAAGACAGUAGCUCAAGAACAAGUACAUUGCUUGCGGACAAAAUACUUCAAGACCAAGUACUGUGAGAGGCACAUCACUUUUGAUGUCAACAUCUUUUUCAUUGUUGUAUCAUCUGCACUGGAAUCACAAUCACAAAAAUAGAAGGUAAAAAGUAUGGCUGGCGGCGGUGCUUCUGGCCCUUCUCAGGGACCAUCCGGUAUGUCAGCAGGCGCACACGAGUUGCUAGCUGUCGGAACUAACAAGCUAGUUGUUGCUUGUUCCACCUCGGCUCCUUCAAGUAGUACGGCUAGCAGUAGUUUUCUCAAUUUCUCGCCGAAGAUAGAGUGGGAAGAAGAUGGAGGAGACACAUUCACAUAUGUACGUGGUGGAUCGCAGCUAACGGCUUGUUGGCUUCACGCUGAUCAAAGUACUUAAUGAUCACUAUAAUCACCUCCGUAGUCGGGGUCAGUGUAAAAAUUAAAUCUUCCAGAGGAAGUGCAGGUGGUAAGUGUAUGUUCUCCUAGAUCUAGUUUGCCUUAAUCAGCCCUCACAACUUCAACAUCAGAGAAAUUCGUAGAACUCAAAGAAGAUUCAGGGAAGUCGUAGGUCCAACCCGAACCGACUAACAUCAUCAAUCACCCCCACGAGGUGAUCUCUUCGUUAGUGCGGCUGGCGACCGGUUGUCGUUGUUGAACUCGGCAUCCGAAACCGUGGUAACACAAGACAGCUUCCCAGAAUGUGGUGGUUUUCGUGCCCUAGCAUCCUGUGGCUCGGGUCGUGAUCCGGCUUGCGUAUCCUCUAGUGCCAGAGGUCUACAGCUGUGGUCAGUGGGGAAUGGAGUAGAGUUGGAGAAAGUUGCCGGCUUUGCUUCACCUCCAUUCGGUAUGAUUGAAGAUUUAGAUCACUACUCAGUCAGAUAGAUCAUUACGAUCUCAACUAGACGAAGUCACUAGAGACGAUCCCGGAUCAUCAAUGUUGUACUUCUAAGAGUAUCACCCCCUACCGAUGUUAAUUUGUUCUAUCUAUCAAGUGAGUCCUUUAUUUCAUGUGUCAAUUCGAGCAUGUGGCGGCGUCUCUGCACGAACAGCGAAUGAGGUGCUGCAUUGCUGCUAGUUCCGGUGCCCGCAUUUGGAUGCAACCACUGGAAACUGCAACUGGGGACUCCUUUUCUGGGAAGUUCCUCGCAUAUAAUCCCUCUGCCGAUUUUUCACCCUCGCAAGUCGUUGAAAGUCUCGUGUUUGCACAGAGGAAGGAUCUUCUUGCAGCAACAUGGACAGGGGGUAAAACUGUGGUGUUUGACGCAUCUGGACCUGGAGAAGGGCGUCCUGUAUACGAAAAAGCAGGUGCUGGUCGUCUAGGAGAUCAACAUGAGCAAGACGGGAGUGCUUUAACUUCUCUGAAAACGUACGUGAGCUUUUCACCACAUCACGGGGACCUGCUGAUCUCAGCACGAAGUGACGGACUACUGCAGUUCACCGAUAUCAAGUCAGGAGGGGCGAGGCAGGAGAUAAAGUCCCUGCAGACAAAACAGGGGAUUACAUCGUUGAGUUACUUUAUGAGCCAGGAUGCAUUACAUCACUCACACUCACUACGUACUUUAUGACCCAUGAUUUUCUUGCUGAACAAAAGGGGCGAAGGAAUAAAACGUUCUGUUUCUCAUGCUGUGGUAAUAAGUCAUUCUCUAACCUUUGUGGCGACGGCGUUCGCCUCGCACUCGGUACACAGAAUAAGGGCGUCCUUCUGUUUGACCUGCGGAAAGCGUCGGAUCCAGUUUUCCCGAAAAUAUUACUGGAUCAACCGGUACGUCAUGUAUCCUGGUCAUCUGCAUCUUCGGCGAAGCGGCGCUCUUCCGGUUCUGCCACGUCGUUGGCCUCCAAGGUAGAGGCUUUUGCAAGUAGACCCGUGGCGGGCAGUAGUGCUGUUCCUUUUCUUAAGGCUGGGAAUAGAAGUACUUCAAGUUGUACUCUUCCUUCUGUUAGAGUGCUGGUAGAAUACAUCACAUUUCUUCUUGGUACACCUUAACAUAUAGUCUGGUGAUGUUUCACCUUCCUGCUUGGUGAUGUGCGGUCUCUUUCACCUUCCUGCUCAACUUUCUCCUCAAGGUCAGAAUCAUUGGGUCUUCUCUUGGAACUACUCAAAUACAUUCUUCUUGGUAAGAUACAGUACAUCUGCUCUUCUUAUUUGGGCAAGCUCUAAUACUCGAGAAAAAAUUGGAGAUCAUGAAGACAGGACGGCGAGCGCGGGAGACGGCGGCACGUCUUUCCUACAGAGUCGGGUAGCUGCUGCUGUAUCCUCCGGCAUGCGCCGCGAAAUUAUAGCUGAUGCUGACCCUCAACCUCGUAGAAAUGGCAUUGGUGAAGACUUGAAUCGUCCUACUAGAAAAGCGAGUUGGAAUGCAGCGAGUGACAGACAAGAUAGAGGCAGCAACGCGCCAUUCUCCCGAGGCAGGGGAGAGGCGCCAUCCUCCCGUGACGAGCGUGAUGCGCCUACAGGAAGGGGUCCUUCUCCUUCUACGGCGGCAGGAGUUCGCUCGCAGACACCCACCGGUGCUAGACCAAAGCUAGAGCCGCCUAUUCGUGCUUCUGCCUCAUCAAUGAAUGUUGCUGGAAAUAUGAGUCCACCUACUUUCGACACGAAAGUGAAUCAACAGCAUCUCCUUCGGGGCAAGGAGCAACUGCAAUCGGAGUUACGCUCGCAGCAGCUCCUCUUGCAGGAGGUAGAGGCGAAGGAAGAAGGCCGUUCGCAAGAAGUAGAAGUGCUAAGACCACAAGAAGAUAAGAAAGCAGCACAUCCAUCAGAGUUGCAAGAGCUAGAAAACAGGUUGAAAAGCUAUGUAGAUGAAAGAUUUGAGACCUUACUAGGAGAAAUCAGACGCUUAGCCCGUGCACAAGAGAAAACGGCAAAGAGUCAGGAAAUUCAGAGGCUCUCAGUGGACGUAGCAAGACAAUUUCAUGAUUUGGAACAAACUUUGUUUAGCAAUUUAUUGCAGAAAUGAAAUCAUUGCGCUAAUUCACCUUCUUGAUACAUCAUCAACAAGUGGUUAGCUGCUAAUUCCACAUCCACGCUAGCUUCAAUGAUGAUCCUCUUAGGUAUUCUACUG